AUGUGCCUGAUCGUUGUGCAUCUGCUCGUCCUGAUGACCCUCAGCUGUCUGACUCGUGCUGAAGAUAAAAAGACGAUGCAUGUCUCUUGUCCAGAACACCAGAAGACCUAUGGAGGCUCCUGCUUUGAGUUUAUGGGUCUCCAGCGUACUUUUUAUAGUGCUGAGGCUUGGUGUGAGCAGCGUGGUGGACACCUCGCUUUUAUUCCAAAUGAAGAAACUCAAUAUUUCAUUCAGACUCAUCUGGACCCCAAGCAGGACGUGUGGAUUGGAGCGGCACCUUCUGCCUCUCCAAACCUGCAAUAUUCUUCUACUUCAGAAGGUCCUUUCUCUUGGCUCGAUAAUUCACCUGUCACAUUUUCUAAAUGGGAGCACAGCCCGCAGCCAGGAGCAGCCUGUGGACACAUAUUGACGAACUCUCGUUUCCAGUGGAAAGCCACAAAGGACUGCGAUAGAAAAUUACAUUUCAUCUGCCAGUUUGAGUCUGGCAGAUCCAUUGUGUGUGCAGGUCGUAACACCACUUUGCAGUGUGGCUCUGGUCAAGUUUUAAUGAUAGAUGGUGGCUUCUACGGACGAAAGAACAUGCAUUACUGUCGGGUAGGGUUAGGGUUAUCUUCUCUCUUCCCACUGAUGACACCCACACAACAACAGUGCACUUGGGUGGAUGUUCAGGAAACAUUAACAGCUUACUGCCAAGGCCGCCAGGUGUGUCAGGUUACAGAACUUGUGGACUCCUUUGGUGAACCCUGUCCGCAACAUGGGAGCUACAUGUCUGUGGACUACCACUGCAAAGAGGGUACAAAUGUGACUUACAGAAUCCAGAAAGAUGAAAUGUUGCUGUCCAGUUUAUCCAUGGUCAGAGGAAACAUUCCCCAGAACGUCACAGUGACUUCACACACGGUGCAGCAGCUCGGGCCUGGCUGCCAUCAUCUGACUCUCUAUGCAUUAAACAUGGCCACGUUCCCAGAAACAUCUGCAGCCCUGCAGAUGUGCGUGUUGGAGAAAAUAGCCGGGCUGCAGGCGUCUGUGUUGACUAAGCAGUCAAACUGUGGAGACACAUCACAAAUAACCAUCAGUGUUUCACUCGGGAAAGGAGCGCCUGUGACGCUCCUCUUCUUCCUGACUGGAGAAAGCAGCUCAUUCUCUGACACCAGAGAAAUGAAUAAAAGGAUGGACAUUUUUCAUAUGGAGAACCCCAUUAAAGCUGCUACCACAAGGAUAGCAACCAACAGCGCUAACUCAGAAAACACUGUUCCCCCUGCUGGAGCAGCUGCUACCACAAGGAUAGCAACCAACAGCGCUAACUCAGAAAACACUGCUAUCACAGCCAACAUUGCUACCACCACUUUUCCCUCAGCAACCUCUAACACAGCUUCGAAUACAAUCACCACGAUGGCCAGGAAGCAUCUGCGUUGUGCAAAGAACAAUGAGGUGAAGUCUGUCUUUCUUCCCCCUGGAGACAGGACAUCCAACUACACCCUAAUCAUCAAAGCAACUGCAAAAAAUAGCAGCUUUGUUGCCAGUACCAACAUAACUACAAAGGUGCAGGAUUACACACCGCCCUCUGGCUCUUCUUCAGGAGGUGGUCUUUCAGCAACAGUGAAGAAUGUUGUUGAUCAGCUAAAGAAACAAGGUCAACUAACUGGAGAGACUGUGGGACAGAUCUUCAAUUCUGUAGCCAACCAAAUGAACAGUCAAUCUGAUGAAUCAAACAAAGCUGAGAGGCAAGAGCUUCGUGAAAAGAUGCUGGCCACAAUGACUGCCACAGUAAAAGAAGCUUCAUCCAAACAUCCAGAAGAGGUUCAGGUGCUGGCCAGAGGACUUACUGCUGUCAGCCAGAAAGGCUCUGAACUCAGCUCCUCUGCUAAGAAAAACACAUCUGAUGCCCUUCUACUUGCUUUGGAGAAUACACAGAGUGCACUGUUAGCAUUGAAAGAUCUGAAUGAAGGGCCAACCAUUAUCCAAGAUGAUCACAUUAGUGUGUUUGUUGACAGAGUGACAGCAGGACGUUUGCACAGAGAGCGCAUAAAUAUUCCCAACUGUUCUUGCAGCUCGUUUCAUUUCCCACCUCUCCCCUCCGAUAUGUUACCCUCAGAUGAACCAGUGGAUGUUCGAAUGCUGAGUUUAGAUAAAAACCCAUUUUCCUGGAAUGAGAGGGGGAACAUCAGUGGCUUAAUAGGCACUUUAUCCCUCACAACAACAGAUGGAUCCAAAAUCCCCAUGGAGAGCCUGAGUGAUGACAUUGAGAUUUAUUUGCCAAGGCCUGUUGGAGAGCAGGUCAACACGUCUGUUUUGGACCUUGGGAACUACAGCACAACGGUCAUAAAUGUUCCUUCAGCCAACAACACACUGGUGUUAAAGAUGGUGCCUUCAAAAGAUCCUUUACCCUUCAAAGUUCUCCUCGGCUAUAAAGACUACCCCACUGAAACAAAUCAUGUUGCAAUGACAGAGAUGCCUCUACAGGGAACAACGCUAGAGGAGAAAUACACUUGGCUUCUUGACCCAGUGACUUUAAAAGGAAACACCGGAGAGCACUAUCUCGUUGUGAGGCCCAUUGUAGGUCCAGGUAUAAAAUCCAUCGAUGCCAGUUUAUCCAUUACACCCAUCACUAGCUCAUGCAAAUUUUGGGACGAGUCAAAAUUGGAUUGGAGCAAUUUUGGAUGCAGGGUAGGUGUUAAUAGCACGCAUUUAGUCACCCAGUGCCUCUGCAACCACCUCACCUUCUUCGGGAGCUCUUUUUUCGUCACUCCGAACCUUGUGGACCCGUCUCGCACUGCUGAGCUGUUUGCGACUUUUGGAGAGAAUCCUGUGGUCGUCUGUUUCGUCGGGGCGCUGUUUGUGGCAUAUUUAUUGGCUGUUGUAUGGGCACGACGAAAAGACAUUCAAGACACGGUGAAGGUUACUGUGACUGUGCUGGAGGACAAUGAUCCGAUGGACGAGUACCGCUACCUGGUGAGUGUGAGCACUGGGCAUCGCAGAGGAGCAUCCACUUCCUCUCAGGUGGCAAUAACUCUCGUUGGUGUGGAGGGAAUCAAUGAACCACAUCAUCUGACCGACCGAAAGAAAUGUGUGUUUGAGAGGGGUGCGGUGGAUAUGUUUUUGCUCACUGCUCCUUUUUCAUUGGGAGACCUGCAAAGCAUCAGACUGUGGCACAACAACUCAGGGAGCCAUCCUGCUUGGUACGUAGGUAAUGUCAUGGUACAGGAUUUACAGACCGAGCAGAGGUGGCAUUUUCUUUGCAACUCCUGGCUCGCCAUCGACAUGGGAGAUUGUUUCCUGGAUAAAGUUUUCCCCGUUGCCUCCGAGAUUGAACUGAAAAGGUUCAGUAAUUUGUUCUUCAUGAAGACAACAAAGGACUUUAGCGAUGGACACCUCUGGUACUCUGUGAUCAGUCGACCACCAAGCAGCACUUUCACUUGUGUCCAGAGAGUUUCUUGCUGUUUCUCCCUGCUGCUCUGUACCAUGCUGACCAGCCUCAUGUUUUAUGGCAUCCCAACAGACCCCUCUGAGCAGACAUUGGACCUGGGCCACUUUGAGUUUACCUGGCAACAGUUCAUGAUUGGAGUUCAGAGUUCCCUCAUCAUGUUUCCAGUGAAUAUCCUCAUUGUCAGCAUCUUCAGAAGCACACGUCCUCGGGAAACAUCUUGUUGCUGGCGUAAAGCUGUAAAACCAGCUGCUCUUGAACGGCUUUCUUUCUCCCAGAGUGUCCCCACCAAUGUGAACGUCACCUUUGACGCUGUGAUCAAGGAUGUUUCAAGAAUUGCACUUUCACUGUCUAAGACAGUAAAAAGCAACAUGCCAUGCAAAGAGCCUGAGAUUGGGCCUGGGCAACAAGUUGAUUUAAAUGCUGUCCUUUCUGUGGUGGACGAUUUCAUCAAACAGAACAACAAAACCAGUGAUGACACCCAAUCCAAAAAACUGAACAUCAACAAUCUCAACCAGCCUCAGUCAACAGAGGGCAAUGCUAUUGUGCAUCCUGUGUCAACCGAGGAGGGGAUUCAGAAAAAGAGCAACAAAAGCCAGUAUCUGUACCGGCAGCUGUGUCACAUUGACAGAGAGCUGACUCUGCUGGGACCCUCUGGCUUCCCCAACCCAAACAGCUACAACCAGGCUCUGCAGCAAGUCAGGGGCAUGAAGGGCUCUCUUGAAGAUCAGCUCUUCAGAGUCAGCUGUGUGGAGCUAUAUGAACCCACCCAGAAGAGCACUGGUGGGGAGGAGAGUCAGAAAAAGAAAAAGGUUUGCUGUCACAGAGGACUACCCUGGUGGUUUAUUUUCAUCGGUUGGCUGCUUGUGAUUGGGACCAGCGUUGUAGCUGGUUAUUUCACCAUGUUGUAUGGAUUAAAGUUUGGAAAGGAACGCUCUGUGAGCUGGCUGGUGUCCCAGAUAGUCUCCUUUUUUCAGAGUGUCCUGAUCAUUCAGCCAUUAAAGGUGGUAUGUCUUGCAAUCUUCUUUGCAGUUUUAAUAAAGAAAGUAGAUGAAGAAGAUUUUCAAAAUAUGGCAUUUGAAGGUAAUGACAGAAACCAGGGUGAUGGUAAGGACCAACAAACAGUCCAACGGGAUGGCAGUCUCUAUGAGCCUCCUCCUCCUGCAGACAUUGAAAAGAUGAAAAGGAACCAGAUUAUGGACCAAAAAGCCUUUGCCCUCAUCAAGGAGAUUUUGAUCUACAUGGGGUAUAUGUGGAUGCUGCUGUUGGUGGCGUAUGGACAGAGGGAUCCCAAUGCUUUUUUCCUGAACCGGCACAUCCGGCAUAGCUUCAGCAGAGGGAUCACAGACAGUAUGAGCCUUGGAGAAGUCUUCACUUGGGCAAACACAUCUCUACUAGAGAACCUUUAUGGAGUUUAUCCAGGAUUUAUCACAGAUGGAAACUCCAAAUUGGUGGGUAACGCUCGUCUCCGUCAAUUGAGAGUCCAGAAGAACUCCUGUCAGACCGCUGACUCUGUGGUUGGGAUUGUACGAGACUGCAAUGCUCCAUAUUCAUGGGAGGUGGAGGAGAUGGGCUCUUAUGACCCUGGCUGGAACUACUCAAUUGGGGAUAAUAUCUCUAACAGCCCACUCAGCCCAUGGAAAUAUCAGACCCAGGGUCAGCUAAGGGCUUAUCACUUCUGGGGGAACAUUGAGUUCUACAGGGGAGGUGGCUUUGUAGCAGAGCUUGGCCCAGAUGUUCAAAAUGCCAGCAGCACCCUUGAGGGUCUGUUCAGAGAUAAAUGGCUGGAUAUCUACACAAGGGCAAUCUUUGUGGAGUUCACCAUCUAUAACGCCAAUGUGAACCUCUUCUGUAUCGUCACACUCUUACUGGAGACCACAGCCGUAGGAGCAUUUCAGUUGUACAGUGAGCUUCAGAGUGUCCGUCUUUACCAAUCAACCGGGCCCCUGCACAUCUUUGUUAUGGCUGCUGAGAUCAUAUACUUGGUUUUCAUCCUCUAUUAUAUGUUCCUACAGGGCAAAUUAAUGAGGCAGCUGAAAUGGGCUUACUUCAGGAGCAAGUGGAACAUAUUUGAGCUGGCUAUCAUAUUACUGAGCUGGAGUGCCCUCGGAGUUUAUAUCAAGAGGACCCUGCUAGGAAACCGCGAUAUGACAUACUACCAAAACCACAAAGACCAAUUUGCCAGUUUUUAUGAGACAGCCACAGCAGACUCGGUGCUCCAGUAUCUGAUCGCCUUACUGGUCCUGCUCUCCACCAUCAAACUGUGGCACCUGUUCAGACUGAACCCAAAGAUGAACCUGAUCUCUGCCACACUGGAGAGGGCCUGGGGUGACAUUUCUAGUUUCCUGAUGGUCAUUGUGAUCAUGUUCUUGGCGUAUUCCAUUGCUAGCAACGUGUUAUAUGGCUGGAAGUUGUGCCAUUACAGGACUUUAACAGAUGCUCUCCUGACCAUCAUCAGUUUGCAGAUUGGUAUCUUUAACUAUGAUGAGGUCUUGAACAGCAGCCCCUGGCUCGGUGGAUUACUCUUUGGCUCCUGUGUUGUGUUCAUGUCUUAUAUAGUGCUCAAUCUCCUCAUCUCAGUCAUCCUGGUGGCAUUCAACCAGGAGAAAAUAUAUCACAAGCCGUCAGACGAGGAGGAGAUUGUCGACCUGAUGCUGAAGAAAAUCUGUGGUCUUUUUGGCAUCAGAUAUAAAAAUGCAACAGACACAACGGGACCUGAUGAAAAUGGAGACAUGGACUUGACUCUCAACAACAGCCGAAGCACCCCUUACAAGUCUUCAGCUGAUGUAAAAAAAUUUCAGACAACCAACCACCCAAUGAAUCCUCUGGGUUCAUAGCUUUCUUUUGUUGUAUUUCUUUUUUUUUGGGUGUUUUGAGAUUUAUUUCUAUGCACCACCAUUGAUAUGCUAAUACACUUUUGUUUAUUAUUCUUUGCUUGUAACCAAGAACAAGGUCAGUGCAUGCUGGACAGCUUUGUGAAUAUAUUGUGAUCAAAAACUAUCAACCACAAUUAUACUGCUUAUUGUUGGUGUGCUUAAGGAUGGUGGUGUAAAAAGAGAAUGAUGAAGCCUAAAUAUGGUCUUAUUUUGUGGGUCGUUUUCUUUUAAGUUACUCAAAUACAUUUAAAUAUAAAAUUGUUGUUUUUUUAGACAAUUCAGGAAUCUAGGGACAGCAGUGGCCUAGUGCUAUUUCAAAAGAUAAUUGCUGCAAUGAAGCUCUGCAAUCAUUACGUCUUUGUACACUCAUAGGUCUUCUGCAGCUGUGUAAUAAAAGUGUCCCAGUCAGUUAA